AUGGAGCACUCGCAAGGCGCCCCCCGCGCGCCCGCUGCCAAUGUCGACACUGACCAGCUCGCCCACGAGAUGACGGAGCGCUUUCGUCAGGUCCUCAGCACACGGCGCAUGAACGACCUCACACUACGAUCCGGCCAGUCGCGCCCAUCAUCGCCCGCUCCUCGAGACUUUGGCACUCCUCAGCCCCCUCUUCUCCAGAAUGCUCCUCCCUCGUAUUCGUCGCUCCGCAACAUCCCCUUAAUUCCCCAGCCUCCCUCUGAUGCCCGUUCCAUCCGCUUCAAGAACAUGCUCACAUCGCUUUCCAACAUGCCCCUUCGUUGGGAAAACCCCGGCCUCCUCGACGAAGCUCUCACUGCAGUCCCUUUGGAGCAGAUCUACAACGAAGCCGAAGAGGAAAGCCAGAUUCUUCAGGCCGAAGCCGAGAGUCUGGGCAGCGGGAAGAAGGCUGCCUGGGGCUACCAAGACUGCGUCAUCCGCGCCUUGAUGAGAUGGUUCAAACGAUCCUUCUUCUCAUGGGUUAACAACCCCGCAUGCACACGAUGCUUCUCGCCUACGAUAGGCAUUGGCAUGGCCGCGCCGCUCCCUGACGAACAGGCCCGUGGCGCCAACCAAGUCGAACUCUACAAAUGCUCCGUAGAACACUGCGGCACAUAUGAGCGAUAUCCUCGUUAUAACGAUGCGUUUGUACUUCUGCAGACUCGACGAGGUCGGUGUGGCGAAUGGGCCAAUUGUUUCACCAUGCUUUGCAGAGCUCUCGGAACCAGAGUGCGAUGGGUAUGGAAUGCCGAAGACCACGUCUGGACAGAGGUGUACUCUGCUCACAGGAAACGAUGGGUCCACGUUGAUGUUUGCGAAGAGGCUUGGGAUAAGCCACGGCUCUACACUGAAGGUUGGGGCAAAAAGCUUUCCUACUGCAUAGCCUUCUCUGUAGACGGCGCCAUGGACGUCACCCGAAGGUACAUCCGCGAUCCCGCCAAAUAUAGCCUGGAGCGUAAUCGUGCACCUGAAGCAGUUCUUCUGCACAUCUUGGACGAAAUCCGGGCCGCUCGACGAAACAACAUGGAGAAGAAGGAGAAGUUCACAUUGGAAGGAGAGGACAUGCGCGAAGACCGCGAGCUUCGAUCCUACGUCAUUUCCUCCAUCGCUCAACAGGUCAGCAAGCUCGACGCCGAAGACAUUGCCAACGGACGCCAAUCCAGCCCACGACCAGACCCCGACACGCAGAAAGCGUUGGAAGGCCGGACCAGUGGCAACGCUCAAUGGAUCCGCUCCCGGGGCGAGGGUGGACGUGGCACACCAAACCAGCAAGACCCCCACAACCAGCACCCGCGCUGA